AUGGAAGCGGGAUUCACCUUCCUUUUCUUCGGUGGCGUCCUACUCCGUCUAAACCUCGUCGCUGGUCUCGCUGUGCUAUCCCUACGGCUGCAGCCGUUCGCCUUCCCGGAAAAGACUAUCGUUGGAACCCAAGUGACCGCGACCUGCACAACAGUAGAAGCAGCGCAAAACGUACGUUUCCGCUGGUUCAAGAACGGCAGGCUGCUCACGGGUUCGGAACGAGACGGUCGGAUACGUUUGAGAACCUUCCCCGAUGUCUCUAACUUAGUCAUCGGGCCGCUUGAAGAGAACGACAGCGGAAACUACACUUGCACCGGCACGGCGGGCCUCAAGUCCGACUCCUACACUCAGACCCUGCACGUUUUGGUUCCCCCAAGAUGGAUCAAAGAGCCAAGCGACGUCAGCGUCCGAGAGGGCGACAAUGUCACGGUGACGUGCAAUGCAUCGGGCCGCCCAUCUCCUGCGAUUAAGUGGAAACGCAAGGGCGUUCUUCUCAGUGCAUCUGGAUCGAAGCUCGAGCUCUUCAAGACAUCGAAGGCGGACUCCGGAAUAUACAAGUGCACCGCAGACAAUGGCCUUCGCGAGCCACUCACUAAAGAAAUCCGUGUCUCAGUUUAUGGUACGACUUGA